CGGCGCCGCGGAACUGGCGAUGCUGCUCUUCUGCCCGGCCUGCGGCAACGUGCUGGUGGCCGAAGAGGGGCCGCGCUGCCACCGCUUCGCCUGCACCACCUGCCCCUACGUGCGCAACGUCACGAGGAAGGUGACGAGCAGGAAGUACCCGCGGCUCAAGGAGGUGGACGAUGUGCUGGGCGGCGCCGCGGCCUGGGAGAACGUGGACUCCACCGCAGAGCCGUGCCCCAAGUGCGAGCACCCCCGCGCCUACUUCAUGCAGAUCCAGACGCGCUCGGCCGACGAGCCCAUGACCACCUUCUACAAGUGCUGCAACGCGCAGUGCGGGCACCGGUGGCGGGACUGAGGGCGCCGGCCCGCUCCCGCCUCUGGGCCGAGGGAAGAGGCGCGGCCCAGGCCCGAUGGGAUUUGGGGAGGAAAAGGGGGAGUCUGCUGCAAUAAACAUGACACUGGGUGUAA